AGAAAAGAAGAUGGAUUCAGGGCUAUCGUGGGCUGAUCAAUGGGAUACAAACCCUGACCCUCCUCCCAGUUGUACAAAAGAAGAUGAAGGCAAAAAGAAAACAAAGAAGGACAAAGAUGGAAGCAGAAGAAUCUUCGGGAAAACCAUACUUGGAUUCAAAUGGAUGAAGGAUCUCCGCAAGAAACCUGAAAAGUGAUUAGUUAAUAACCAAAACC